AUUUCUCUUUGCAAUAAAAUAAUAAUAAAAAGAAAUAUGGAUAAUAGUUCAAGCCAGAGCGAAAGUUCUUCAAGCAACUCUGCUCAACCAAUUAACAACUCUAUUUCGAAUAAAACAACAUCGUAUGAAAACAUCUCUAACAAUAUUAUUCUUCUCAAAUUAGAAGAGGAUGGAUUUACAACUCCUGAUGGAAAGGCAAAAGAACUUAUCAAGGAACUGUCCGAAAUAAAAUAUUUAUAUGCUUUAAAGCUACUAUUUGAAAAUCCACUUAAUCGAUUUACUCCUAAAGUUCUUCGAGAUUCUUUGGUUACAUUAGCAGAUCCAAAACCAUUUGAUUAUUAUGAUAUACAAAGUGUAACUAGGUUAGAGUUACAUUUACGUACAUGGGUGGCGGUUUUAGAAAAAAUUUGUUUUACACAAAUGCGUUUAAGUAAGGAUCUUCGUAAUAGAAUUUAUAAUUCUUUACCAAAAUUUGUUGAAAUUCAUCGAAAAACAACUCAGAUCAUGCAGGAAGGAAUUGAUAAUAAAUAUAUAUCUGAUUUUAAUCAAUUUAAUCAUCGCCAAAUUAAUAAUGAUGAUGAUAGUAUUAAAAAACGAAAUUAUAACAUUGACUUCUUACUAAUCCACUUGCGAGACACAUUACAUAGUUUGCGUGAUGAUGAGACUUGGUUUCAAGAAAUUAUACGAAGAACUAAAAAUUUACUUAAAGCUGCAUUGAAUAUUACUCCAGGAAUUUUAUUAAUAGCAGGAGUUGCUCUUCCAAAUGAUAAUAGUUCAAUCUUAUUAAUGCUUACUCAAAUACGUGAAAGCUUAAGUUUUAAAUAUCCUGUAGCAUCUUAUUAUGUAGAUUGGAGAAUUAUGCUGAUAAUUCAACAUAAUCUUUUUACCUGGUCCGAAAAUCCUGAAAUGAUAAUUAGUAAUAAAUUCUCUGAAUUGGUAUUAAUGGAAUAUUUUUGGAGCUUUUUAGAAAGAGAAUGGAUUAAUGUUACUAAUAAAUCUAUCUUGGAUUCUCAAACAAAAUUUGAUGAAGUAUCAAAUAAAGUUGCUAAAGCUUUAAAAAAUACUGGAAGUUUCUUAAAUGAUCUUGCUGGAAAUGAACCUCUUGCAUUACCACAUAUCUUAUGGUUUGGAAUAUUAGAUCUUGCACAAAACCUUGUUCAAAAGUCUACUCGAACUUCUACAUAUGGUCUUUGUUAUUAUUUAGCAAUUGAAUCACUUAAUAAAGCUCCAAGUAGUUUCAUUCAAUUUAAAGCAGUUGAAAUAUUAUUACAUUUGCAUAAUAUUAAUAGUCAAAUGUUUUCAAUGAUUGAUGAUGAUUUUGAUCAAUAUAUAAAAAAAUUAAAUGAAAAUAAAUCAACAGAUUUUUCAGAAAAAUUUCAAAAUUUAUUAUUAUUUAUUAAAGAAAAAUAUCUUGAAGAUUUAAAAAUUUUAGGCAAUGAUAUUGAAAAUGAAAAGAAAGGAAAAGGAAAAAGAAAAAGUUUAAACCAAAAUUCGUAUUUAAAGAGGGAACAAACAUCAAGUUCUAAUAUUAUAGAUAUUAUAGCAAAUGAAAUGACUUGUCCAGUUAGUAGUGAACCAGAAGAUCAAUUAUGUAUUUUAAAAUGUCAACAUACAUUAUCACUAAAUAAUUUAAAAAAAUUAAAACAAAAAAUAUGUUCUGAAUGUCGAGAAAAGAUUGAAGAAGAUGACAUCAGAUAUUUAUCACAAAAUUCUAUUUACAAAUAUUUAUAUACCAAAUUUUCUGAAUCUGGACAUAUUUUACCUUCAAUUGAAUUAGAAAAUUCAGAUCAAAUAUAUGAUAGUGAUAAUUCAGAUAAUUCAGAAGCUGAUCUUAUAUUAAUUAAAAAGAAGAAUUUUAUGAAUCCAACCAUUAAACUAAAUUCAAAUAUAUCAUUAUCAUCAAUACUAUCAAGAAAUUCAAAGAAACAACAUCCAACAUAUCAAAAUAUUAUAAAUGAAAUAAAUGAAAAACAUUAUAAAAAAGCUGAAUCCUUGUGUAAAGAAUUUUUGAAUUUUUUUCCUAAAAGUUAUUCUUUAAGGUGCAUUUUAGCUUAUAUUUAUAGAUGUCUUAAAAAUUAUAAACAAGCACAUUUCUAUUUAAAAGAAGCCAUUAAUUUAAAACCAAAAGAACCAAUUGCUUAUUUAAUUUGUGGAGAAAUAUUUUUUUGGCAAGGUGAUUAUGAUAAAGCAGUAGAUAAUUUAAAGAUAUCAAUAAAUUAUAAGGUUAAAAUAAAUAACUCAUAUAUAAUAAUUGGAAAUAGUUACUUAUUUAAAGGUUAUUAUUAUUAUUCUAUAGAAAAUUAUAAUAUUGCAUUAGAAAAUAAUCCAAAUAAUUAUUCAUGUCUUAAGAAUAGUGCAUAUAGUUAUGAAAAAAGAAGGGGAUAUCUAGUAGAGGCUUUAAAAAUAUUAGAUAAAUUGCUAAAUAUUAAUAUGAAUGAUUCUUUAAUUUUAUGUUAUUAUGGAGAAAUUUUAUGUAAUAUGGAACAAUAUAAUAAAGCCAUAUUAUAUUUUACAAAAGCAAAUAUUAUUGAUCCAGAAAAUACUCAUAAUUUAAAUAAAAGAGCUAUUGCAUAUUAUAUUCUUCAAGAUUAUGAUAAAGUUUUAUUAGAUCUUGAUAAGAUUAUACAAUUAGAUCCAUUAAAUAGUUUAGCACAUUAUUUCAGAAGUCUAACAUAUUAUACAAAGAAAGAUAUUAAUAAUGCUGUAAUUGAAUUUAAAAAGUAUAAAGAAUUAUUUGAUUUUAAUGAUAUACUAUCAAAAACUCAACUAUUUCAUCUAGAAUAUUUACUGAACAAAAAUAAUUCUACAGAAUUAAAUAAUAUAUUAACAAAAAUUAAUCAAAUUUCUAAUAUUAAAGGUAAUAAGUUACUACUUUUAAUUAGAUGUAAAAUACAUAUGGAAUUAAAAAUGCAUCAUGAAAUAAAAAUAGAUUUAGAUUUAUUAUAUUUAAGUAAAGGUUAUUUUGAAUAUAUUUCAUAUUUUUAUUUUUUGCAAGAAUGCAUUGUGGAUUUUUGGCCACUUUCAGUAGUUAAUAACAAACUUGGAAUUGUUAAUGGAUUUAGUAAACACAUGUAUGAAAAAUCACUUGUUUAUUUUAUGUCAAAUCUGGUAAAUCUAGAUAACCAACUUCAUCAAUUUCAAGAAAAUGAUAUAAAUAGUUUAUCAGAAAAGGUGAUAAAUCCAAAAAAUGAAAAACUUUAUUUGAAUUUGCCCAUAUUGAAUAAGCACAUUUAUAAUUUUAAAAUUAUUUGGAAAAUAAAUGUUAAAGAAAUAUUACAUAAAGAAUGCUUAAUAAAAUUUAUAAUUAAAAAUGAUUCUGAACAACAAGAACAUAUUUUAAAACAUGAAGAUGUGUUAAAAAUUGUGGGAUUAGGUUGGAUUGAAUAUCAGCUUCCAAUAAAUAUAUAUGAAUGUGAAAUACAACUUUCAAUUGAAAUAAAUGGUUCUAUUAAUAUGCAAAUAGAUUAUGUUCGAUUUGGCUCUAAUAAUGAAAUGAUAACUUGUAUUCCUAAUAUGGGUGAUUUGUUGCUAGAUUUUCAUAAAAUUUGUCCAAAUGUUCCAGAAACUUUUAAAGAUAAAUAUUUUUCAAGAAUAGAAAUGGAGAACUUGCUUGAGUUGAAAGAUAUAAUUAAUAACUUAAAAUGA